AUGGGAAAGUUGAGUCAUUGUUUAGAUUGUCCAACCCAAGCUCACUACACAGCGACUUUAUGUGUGCUUAAGUAUCUCAAACAGUCACCAGCCACUGGCUUGUUCUUUGCUACAUCCUCAAACGUCUCUCCAACAGGCUUCUCGGAUGCCGAUUGGGCAGUCUGCCUCGAUACAAGGCGGUCUGUAACUGGUUACUGCUUCUAUCUUGGCAGCUCCCUUAUAUCAUGGAAGAGCAAAAAGCAACCCACUGUGGCUCGAUCAUCCUCUGAGGCAGAGUAUCACACACUUACUCUAGCUGUUUGUGAGGCUCAAUGGAUCUCCUUCAUCCUUGCCAAUCUCCACCUCCCGGUUACAAAGCCUAUACCCCUUUAUUGUGAUAGUCAAUCUGCACUCUACAUAGCUGCCAUACCAGUAUUUCAUGAGAGGACGAAACAUAUUGAAGUCGACUGCCAUGUUGUUAGAGAGAGAGAGAGCCAUUUCUGGUUUAUUGAAGUUGCUUCUGAUUUCCACCAAGGCUCAAGUUGCUGA